AUGCACCCAGCUCCUCUCGUACCUCCGUCGCAUCCUCUUGCUGAGCUGGAUGGUGUAGUUCUUCCUGCUUGUCUCAUUCAUAUCCAUCUGAGUCGUUCUCCUCAUCGUCUCUCCCUUGCUCUUGUUGUUGUCUUCUUCCCUCCUGCUCUCGUCCAUUUGUUGGGAACAGUGUGGUGGAACUCUUAUGUCCCAUCAUCUGGAAGCUUAUAG